UCGCCUUUCUUGUGAAUGGGGCAAAUUAUCUCUUCCUCCAAUCAUCUGGUAGCUGUUCGGUUUCCCAGAUACUGACCAUCAACCGGUGCACGUGCUACCAAUCACGUCUGGAUACAUAAUUUUAGAUUUUAAUGUACAUAUACUUAAAACUUGUAGUAAUACUUCUUAUUUCAGAGAUCGUGCAGUAAAAUAGAGUAUUUCGACAAGUUACACCACAAAUGUCGAGAAUUUCCCGGUGGCGGAUAUCUCAUCAUUGUAGAUCAUGUGAGUCAUAGAUUCCAGAAAACCCUAUCCACAGACAAACAGACGUAACACUCUUAGAAUUCCCAUCGUACAUCGAUUUAACGGUAUAUUCGAAAAUUUGAUAGUUGGCCAACUACCCACUCGUGGCACUUGCAUCGUUUUUGUUCGAGUUUGACGUUUGCCCACUACCGCCAUCUAGAUGAAGGUUGGCCAAACUCAGUCCUUAUAGCAUUGGGCGAAUAUGUUUCCGUGACUAUGAUUUGAACCGUAAAAUGUUAGAAGUGUUACGUCUGUUUGUCUGUGCCCUAUCGUUGAAUCCACAAUUAAACUCUUCCCAAUUUACUCUCGAUAGUCAGCCAAGUGUACUGAUGGGGACAGUGGAUUACACACCUUCAAUAGAAACGAUUUCUAUUACGUCUGCCACCAAGAUGGAGUCAUGAUCGGAAUGUGCCCAAACGACAUGAAAUUCAACGAAACAUUGGGACGCUGUGUACCACGUAUCGAUGAACUUCAGGAAACAAUUAGAAUAUACGAUGAGUCGGAAAAUUGUGGAAUUAUGAUUCCUGAUUGUAAUAAAGACGGUAAAUUUCCAGUGCCAUCUAACUGCUCUUAUUACUAUGACUGCCAAAGGAAUAGUCACAAUUACUUCCAGUAUGUCUACAGAUGCCCCUGGGCAACUAUGUACCAUCCAGAUCUUCAUCGAUGCAUUCCGAUGGCGAAUUGCUACGUAGACCAUUAUGAUAUGUUUGAUCGAUUCGAUUAUGAGUUAUUUCCGAAAUGCGUUCUGCGUGGUCAAUUUCGCACUUCUCGGAAUUGCAAUCUAUACUAUCGCUGCAUUCCCAAUAUGGAUGGAUCGUUCUUUCAAAUUCGAUAUGAGUACAAUUCAGUAUAAAGGUAGAGAAUACAGAAAAGAUACUAAUAUUUUUUUUUUCUAGGUGUCCUCCAAUGAUGUACUACAAUGUUGAUCUAGAGCGUUGUCAAACAAAGUAUUUUACGCACUGUAAUUAUAUACCAUGGUAUACAAUAGUGAAAGAGUAUGCAUUGAAGCAUGACUUGAGUUGUGAUACCUACGAACCUCAACAUACCACUUCAAUCAGUACUCUCAAUACGACAAUAUCUACGAAUGUCAGUAGCACUGAGGCUUCCACUAGUGAAAUAAGCAUAACUGAGCCGUAUUCUACUAUACUAACCACAACACUAAACACCGAAACAAGUGAGCCUCAGGAAACUGACUCACAGCUUACAAGUUCCACUAUGACAAACGAUAUCUCGACUACUCCAUAUGGCGAAACUGAAUCGGACACUACUGAUUCAAUCAGCGUAGAAACCACCGAGACUGGCGGAACAGAAGAUACAGAACCAACCAAAACUACGGAGGGUUAUGGGACAACUGAUAGCACAGAUUCAGUUACAGAAACCACCAAUAGCGAGACCCAGUCAACUACAGAAGAAGAAGAAGAUUACAUAGAUUUCACGUGGGACGAUGGAGCAUGGGAUCCACUCUCUAAGCCAGACGACUUGCUAGAUCUUCCCGGUUACUAUAUACGAUACCAAAAGCAACUAGUUGAUGGCGCCAUGUCGGACGAGCGGCUAAACGCUGACGUGAGCUUACGGUUGCGAUAUCCCAAUGCGUACAGGAUUGUGGCUUAUCCGAAAAAGAGGAAAGCAGACACAUAGGUUGAACAAUUUUGUAGUUUCAAUACGAUUACAAUCAAUAAAGUAACGAUCAAGAGUAAAUAUUCUCAGCGGGAUUUUCUGCGGGGGUUUGGUUUUAUAAGUACCUCUUCUUCCCGCAUGCAGAAGGCCUGAGUUCAA